GGCGGAUGAGAAAGACCCCGGCAGUCGUCAUUUCUCUGCCGGCUUCUCUAGACUACUUGGACCUCCCCAAGGCGUCUCAACUCGUUUCUUAGGAGAUUAGGGAGCAAAAGUAGGCAGCAUGGCUUCCUUUGGGUGGAAGAGGAAAAUUGGUGAGAAGGUCUCUAAGGCCACCUCACAGCAAUUUGAAGCUGAAGCUGCCGAUGAGAAAGAUGUAGUUGAGAAUGAUGAAGGAAACUGGCUUCAUGCCAUUAAACGUAGGAAAGAUAUUCUCCUUGAAGGCUGUGCUGAGAAAAGUAAACAGCUGAAAGAUGAAGGAGCCAGUCUGGCUGAAAACAAAAGAUAUCGGGAGGCAAUUCAGAAGUGGGAUGAAGCACUACAGUUAACCCCAAAUGAUGCCACCCUCUAUGAGAUGAAGUCACAGGUUCUAAUGUCUCUUCAUGAAAUGUUCCCAGCAGUACAUGCAGCAGAAAUGGCUGUCCAGCGAAACCCACAUUCAUGGGAGUCUUGGCAAACUUUGGGGCGUGCUCAGCUUGGAUUAGGAGAGAUAGUCCUGGCAAUUCGAAGUUUUCAAGUAGCCCUUCAUAUCUAUCCGAUGAACCCUGAACUAUGGAAAGAAGACCUUUCUUGGGCAAGAACGCUUCAGGAGCAGCAGAAGGUAGCACAGAGAAUUAAGAGAAGUGAAGCACCAUCUGAAGGAACACAUUUUUCACCAAAGUCAAUUCCUGACUAUGACUUUGAAAGUGAUGAGAUUGUUGCUGUUUGUGCAGCUAUUGCUGAAAAACAGAAGACCGUUUCAGCGAAUAAAACAAUGGUUAUUGUGUCAGCUUCUGGGACUGUUGAGACUGUAACUGAAAAGGAGGAUGGUGCUGCCCCACCAGAUGGCUCUGUGUUUAUCAAAGCCCGAUGAAGCAAUAUACAGAAAGGAAUUAUUUGAAUCUUUUUGAUUGCUACUAAAAGUUUAGACAUAGGGACAUUUACUCUGGAGAAAGAAAGCAGAACUACUGUUUGUAUAAUAAGUUUUUCAGAUGAGGAAUAUAAAAACUAAAUGGUAGAAUUAUUGAAAGUGUUCAGACUAUGCUUUGAUAAGUUACAAUUUAUUCUUCUUAAGAUUAGAAUUCUGAGUAAAAUGCGUGUGUAUUUUUUUUGUUUGUUUGUUUUGUUUUGUUUUUUGGUGGUGCUGGGGAUUGAACCCAGGACCUUUUUCAUGUGAGGCAAGAACUCUACCAACUGAGCUAUAUCCCCAGCCGUCAAAUGUGUUUUGAUUGAUAAAUUUAGUUUGAUUUGAAUAUCAGAAUGAAUAUGUCUUUAAGAACCCAACUUGAGAAGUGUAUUCUUGAAUAGUGAAUAACUUGGUAACCAUUGUUUUUAAAAUGUUGACUUAUUGACUUUUGCUUUAUGAUAAAGGCAGUGCGUGAUUUCUUUCCCUCCUAGAAAUAUGUUGCUUGUUACCCUUCACUCUUCCAUUUUUCCUGCUUCACUAAAGUAAGUCUUCACAAAGCUUAAAUAUUUUUGACAUUCAUUUUGAUUCAAAAUUACUGUUUGGUUAUUUGUGAAAUCUUUGAGAGUUUGUCUGAAAAUGUGUGCAAAUGUGUACAUACUACUGAGUAUUUUAUUGAUGCUUUUUUCAAUUCAGAUUUGUACUUCUGUUCUAACUUUAAAGUUCUAUCAGUGGCAGUUGUUUUCUUAGAUGUAUGAAAUACUGAUAAAUGUCAAAAUGAUGGUUUUAUUAUUUUUGUUUUUAUGGUUACAGAUAAGUCAUAAUAAGUUGUGCUCCAAAAUUAACACAAUCAAAAGCAAUAUUUCUUUUCCUCACUUUUAGGUGCUUAAAAAGCCCAGAUAAUAUUUCUUGAUUGUAACUUUCCAGCCGAUGAUUUAGAAUUACUUUUCCAAAUAACUUUUGGAACUAUUCAGUGAAAUGAAAAACUGUUAAAAUUUAAAUAUGGUCCAUAUCUUUCUAAAAAUAAAACAAUAGGGAUAUUACUAAAAUGCCAAUGAAUGAACAAGUUAAGCAAAAAUACAUAGAAACUGGAAUGUGAUUUAUGGUGUAGUCUCAAGAACAUGAGGAUAUAUUGAAGUAGUUUAUUGAAAGGACACAUGUGCAAAUCAGUACUAUCAUUGUAAUGUGAUUAUUUUUAUACAAUAUAUUAUACAACCAUAUAGAACUGUUGGGAACUGUUAUUCUGACCUCAGGAAGAUAUUAUUGGCAUAAAAUUAAUUUUAUCUGUUAGAGGUGAAAGUUAGCUACUUUAUGUAUAAUCUUAUCUAACACUGUUGGAGUAUAUAAAUAAUGAUCUACAUUUUUGUGAGGGUUCUAUUUUAAAAAAUUUUUGUUGUAGUAGAAAGCCUAUUUUCUUUUUCAGAGUUAGAGAAAUCAGCACUUGCCUUAAAAAGUAUUAUAGUUUCCCCCUAAGUUAUAUCAUAAAAAAGCCCUGGUUAGAGAGUUCAGUUUUAGAAUGAUAAAAAUAUUCAUUAUUUUAUUUUGUUUAAUAAGGAAUAUUCUCAGAGGGUAGAAUGGUAUCUAGACAAGUGAUUUGUCAACAUUUGGUAUGUUGUUUUGUGAAUGGAUAUUUGUUUAUUGUGAAAUAUGUGAAUAAAUAGUUUCUUCAGCAUUUUGAAGAUUUUCCCAUUUUAUGUUGUUAGCUUUUGAAAAAUUAGAUUGAUUUUACUUAAUUUCUUAAGUGAAAGUAAUAUAUAGUAUGCACCUUGCAUGUUUCCUCGUACAUGAAGUGCUCGGUAAAUGCUAGCUGUUUCUAUGAAGAAUUUGCUUUAGUUUGGAGAUACUUAACCUUGGUUUCCUCUGAUUUUAAGAAAGAACUCCAUAACCUUUCCUUAUCUGAAAGUGAGAAGUCACUACUUCCAAUUUUAUAGGAUAGAUGGUUGUCAGUUGGAGAUUAUUUUUGGCACAAGGUCUAUGCCUCAACUUCAGAAGAGGUGUGAUCCAGCAUGGAGUGCAUCUAGCCACUAGACUGUUAAAGAACCUGCUCUCUCCUUUGUGUUGGAUGUGGUAGGCCAGAUUAUGCUCUUCUUUACCAGGUUAAGAAAAAAUAGUUUAGAUGUAAGAUGGAGGAGAAGGAAAGAAUAGUUAUGGAGGGGGAAGGCUACUCAUUUCUCUAAGCCCCCAAAGAUGCUUACUUUAGCUAAAACUUUUCCAGGCAUGAAGAGAAAAAUGGAUUCAUUAUUUUUAAGGAUGUGACUACUGAUACAUAAAAGUUUACCAGGCUUGUUAAUUAUAACGAUGAAUUUUUUGAACCUUGAGAAAAAUAUUUGCGAUGGUAAUGUAAUCAUUGGUGUUUCUUUCCUAAAACAGCACUGUCUAUGGUUCAAAUUAUAGUGAAUAUAAUUUUUUAAAAUUCUUGUUGAAAAUUGUGUAGCAUAGACACUCAGUAGUUAGAAAACUACAGAUCCAGACCAUGCCUGGUAACUUGGGACUCCUGUUAUUCUCUGGAAAACCAGCUCCUAGAUUAUAUUUAUCUUAAAUAUGCUAAGAAAUACUACACAAAACAUUGAAAAGUCAUGCAGGGUACACUUCACAGAACCUGGAUAUACUGCAGUUGGGGCCUUUGUACAAAAUUGGAUGAUAGUGAUUUAAGUAUGCAAAUUUUAAAAAUUGAUUAUAUAAAACUGUAAUGAAGACAUAAAAUUAAAAAGCAUCUCAGAAAACUAGGGUUAUGGGGCUGAAAUUGUAGCUCAGUGGUAGAGCUCUUGCCUAGCAUGUGUGAGGCACUGGGUUCAGUCCUUAGCACUACAUAAAAAUAAAGGCAUCUUGUCCAUAUACAACUGAAAACAAUAUUUAAAAAAAAGAAAAAGAAAAAGAGAAAACUAGGGUUAUAACUGAACAGUAUAGCCUUGUCAUUUUGAAGACUUGUACUUUAUAUGAUUCAAAAACUUACUUCACUGCCUUUCCCAGCAGUGAAAAUUAUUAAUCAUUUUAAAAUUUCCUUGAGUCAGAGCUCUUCUAAAUUGACACUGGUCCAGUCAUUCUGAGCUUCCAUUUCAUGAUGCAGUAUGUAUGUAAAUGAGUUGUGAGUUGGCACAAGAACCAUAGUCCUAUAGUAAUUAUCUUCAAAUCAAUAGGUAUAUUAAAUGUAUUCUUUACUGAGACGUUAUUAAACUGAAGAUAUAUUUUAUAAUUGAUGGCAUAUCAAUAGUAUUGAAAAAGUUAGAUUUUUUAAACCAGGAUAAUGAAAUAAUGGAAAUUUGUAAAUUGCUUACCUCCUAACUAAAGUAAACUGAAGUGAAAUAAAGGGGGUUAUCCCUAAAGUUAUGUCUCUUAGUCAGUUGCAAUUAAUUAUGGCCACUUUGAAUAGAAAGAAACACUGAUCCUGUAGUUAGAAUACCAUACAUGAAUCCUGUCUUAAUUUGAUUACACAUGAAUUUCAUCUGUUCUAUGUGCCAAGGUGGAAGAAAGGUUGAGAAACACUGAUCUACGCUGGUUGGAAAGCAGAAGGGGAUGGCUUCCUUUCACAAUGCUACUUGGGAUAUCCAUUAACCAAAGAAUUCUGUUCUCUCCUUCUCACCUCCCUGGGAGAGGAGGGAAUUUAGGAUACAGAACUGAUUUGCACGUCUCUUUCUCCCUUCUUUGGGUUUAUCAUGGCCCUCCCUAGCUUGUGUCUGCCUUUCUACAAGGGGAUACUCAUGCUUGCAGAACUGUGUGUGGCUUGUAGAGCCAAGUGUCUUUAAUUCUGGGUUUAAUAUGAGGUGGCUGUUGUUGGCUCAGACUUAAAUUAUAUCAUUUAACUUAGCCUUUUUCAGCAAUAAAUCUGAUGUAUUCAAUAUCCAUCUGCUUGACUGUCUCUCAGGUGCCUCAGAGGCUAUGAGGGGAUGAUGGACUACUUUAUGACUCCCUCAGUUCUGACAAAAAUUAUAUUUCAAAGUAAAAAUGAGAUUUAGGAGAUACAAAUUGGGGAAUUCUUUGCUAAUUUUCUUUUUUUUCAAUUAUGGAAAUUGUAUUGAAAAUGAAUAAUAUUAAUUAUUAGGCAAUAUAAAAAUUUCUUCAGGAUAUUUACAAGAGUUACUGAUUUAGUACAGGAAUAAGCCACAAUAUUUUUGUGUUUUUUUUGUCUUCUUUUUUUUUGCAGUGCUGGGGAUCGAACCCAGGGCCUUAGUGCAUGGAAGGCAUGUACUCUACCGACUGAGCUAUCUCCCCAGCCCUAAGCCACCAUAGUGAAUAUACAUUUAAUUGGAAGGGAAGAAUGUGUAAUGAAUUAUGGUCUCCUCACCCCUGUCAACUUUCUUAAAUGAAUAUAAUUUGAACAUAAUGAAAUACAACCAUUUUAAUUUACAGUUUGGUGAGUUGACAAAUGUGAACAAGCAUAUAACCACUGAAAGCAUCAAGAGGAAAUUUAUGUCCCAUCACCAAAAAGGUCUCUAAAGUUUUAUGCAAUCACUUCCCCUCUACUUUAACAGCCAGCCCUGUUUACUUACUUGCUUUGUGUGAUUAUAAAUUAGAUUUCAUUUUUCUAGACUUUCAAAUAAAUAGAUCAUACAAUAUGUACUCUUUUUGUAUCUGAAUUAUUUUUGUUCCGCAUAUUUUUGAGAUUUCAUCCCUGUUGAGAUUUAUUUGUUAUUGUGUGUGCUAAUAUGUUCCCACUUACUGCUUAGUAUUCUACAGUAUGAAUAUGCUGCAAUUUGUUUAGCUCUUCCUAUUGAUGGUCAUCUAGGUUGUUUCAGGUUUUGCUCUCUUAUGAAUAAAGCUGUUUUGUACAUAGAUCACAAUUCUGUGUAUGGACAUAUGUUUUCAUUUGUCUUGGGUAAAUGCCUAGGAAUGGAAUUUCUGAGUCUAGUAUUUCUAAGUAUAUGUGACACUUGAGAGGGAACUGCCAAACUGUUUUUCAAAAGUAUCUAAAUCAUUUUGCAUUCUACCAGCAGUUUAUUAAAGAAGUUUCAGGUGUUUCACAUCUUUGUCAAUGCUUGGGAUUGUCAGUCUUUUUAAUUUUAGCAAGUUGAAUGGAUGUGUAGUGGUAGCUCAUUGAGAUUUUAAUGUGCAUUUCUCUGAUUAUGUUAGGCAUCUUUUCAUAGGUUUAUUAAACGUGUCUUCUUUUGGGAGGUGUACAUUCAAAUAUUUUGAUCAUUUUUAAUUUUGGUUAUUGAAUUGUAAGAAUUUUAAAAUUUUUAUUAGAUAAAUAUUCUUUUUGAGAUAUAUGUGUUGUGAGUAGUUUCUCCCCUUGUUUUCUUUAUAAUACCUUUUAAGGAGCAGACAUUUAAAAUUUUGAUGAAGUCCAAUUUAUAGGUUUUUUAAGGAUUGUGCUUCUUGUGUACUAAGAAAUCUGUGGUUACCCCCAAAUCAUUCUUGGAAUUCUCUUUGCUUUUCCUUAUAUUGAGUCCUGUUUCACUCUUUCUCAAAAAAAAAAAAGAAAAAAGAAAAAGAAAAACUUAAAUAAC